GUGCAUAAGGAACUACAUUACCCGGAAGAAUCCGCGUAGAGAGGACGCAUUAGCAGCCAAUGAGGGGCUAGGUGAGGCAUUUCUGAGGUGUGCGUAAGGCGUCCAGGCGGGACUUCCGGCCUGUUCAGCCAGGUGGCUAUGCCAGCGGCCCUGACCCGGUGUUGGCGCCUGAACACUGGGUCGUCCCUGAGGUGACAGCACCGAGAAGGCGUGGGUCGCGGUUCCCUCAACAAAGACACAGGUCUGAGUCUCGGUGACACGGUCCGAGUGACCCUCGCCGGGGCCUGGAGGAAGAUCGCGGUGCCCGGGGCAGCCUCUUCCCUCGCUGCUCCCACCCCGCUCCACCCUCACAGAGUCCGAUGGCGGCGGCCGCGCUUCGGUGCCCGGCUGAAGGCAGUGUGACCUUUGAUGAUGUGGCCGUGUACUUCUCCUGGGAGGAAUGGGAUCUCCUUGAUGAGGCUCAGAGACGCCUGUACCAGGAUGUGAUGCUGGAGAACUUGGCACUUAUAACCUCCCUGGGUUGUUGGUAUGGGGCAGAGGAUGAGGCACCUGAGCAGAGUGUUUCUGUAGAAACAGUGUCACAGGUCAGGAUUCCCAAGGCAGGUCUGUCUUCCCAGAGGGCCCACCCAUGUGACAAGUGUACCCCGGUGUUGAAAGACAUUUUGCUCUCAGCUGAACAUCAGGGAACACAUCAUGGACAGAAGCUGUGCAGGCUGGGCCCAUGUGGGAAACAACUAUAUUUCAGUGCAAACCUCUCUCAGCACCAGAUGCAAAACAUUGGAGAGAAACCCUUCGCAAUCAAUGUGAACAGAACCUCCAUUGGGAAUGACUACAAAUUUCACAUGUCUGGGAAACCCUUUACCUGUGGGGAGAUUGGGAAGGACUUCUUGGCCACUUCAGGAUUUCUGCAGGUACAAACCACUAAUACUGAAGAAAAUUCAAACACCGGAACCAACUCUGUGGCAGCCUUUCCCAAGCGAAAAACUCACUCUCAAGAAUGCAUGAAAGCUUUGAGAUACAAACACAAAGUUAUUCAUCACCAGAGAGUUCUCAGUAGAGAAAGAUGUUACAUAUGCAGUGAAUGUGGGAAAUCCUUUAGCCAAAGCUACAGUCUCAUUAGACAUUGGAGAGUUCACACAGAAGAAAGGCCCUAUGAGUGCAGGGAAUGUGGGAAAUCCUUUAGCAAAAGCUGUACUUUCAGUAACCAUCAGAGAGUUCACACUGGAGAAAGGCCUUAUUUAUGUAGGGAAUGUGGGAAAACCUUUACCCAUAGCUCUAAUCUCAUGAAACACCAGAGAGUUCACACUGCAGAAAGGCCUUAUGAGUGCAAGGAAUGUGGGAAAUUCUUUAUCUACAGGUCCAUUCUCUUAGAACACCAAAGAGUUCACACUGGAGAAAGGCCUUAUGAAUGCAGUGAAUGUGGAAAGUCAUUUAGCCAAAGAUCCCACCUCAAUAACCAUGGGAGAAUUCACACUGGAGAAAGGCCAUAUGAAUGCUGUGAUUGUGGGAAAUCCUUUAGCCAUAGCUCUAGCCUCAUUAAACACCAGAUAGUUCACAGUGGAGAAAGGCCAUAUGAGUGUGGGGAAUGUGGAAAAUCCUUUUACCAAAAUUCUGGCCUCAUUCAACACCAGAGAGUUCACACUGGAGUCAGGCCUUACGAAUGUGGAGAAUGUGGAAAAUUAUUUAGUAACAAGUCUAACCUCAAUAAACAUUGGAGAGUUCACACUGGAGAAAGGCCUUAUGAGUGCUGUGAAUGUGGGAAAUCUUUUAGCCAAAGCUCUAGUCUCAUUCAACACCAGAAGGUACACACUAGGUAAUGGCCUUAUGAGUGAUGUUAUAAAUUAAAUGUUUAUGUGCCCCACAAUUUGUUUAUUGAAAUCCUAUCCCCUAAUGUGAUAGUAUUAGGAGGUGAGGUCUUUGGGAGGUAUUUAUCAUGAAAAUUGGUCAUUAGGGUAGUCAUCAUGAAAAUUGGUCAUCAUGAGUUUGGGAUUAAUGUCCUUAUAAGAGGAGAGAAAGCUUGCUUCCUCUAUCUGCUAUGGAAGGACAUCUUUGAGAAGAUGGUCUGUGAAUCAGGAUGCUGGUCCUUACCGGACACUGGACCUGACCACAUGGGGACCAUGAUGUCAGACAUCCAGGCUUCAAAAGUGCGAGAAGUAAAUUUACAUUGUUUAUAAGCACCCCAGUUUAUUAUAAUAUUUUAUAGCAGCCCAAGCUAAAACAAAUAUGGGUAAUCCUUUAGGCAAAGACACAGUCUCAUAAAAAUCAGAGAAUUCACAGUGGAGCAAGGCCUUUAUGGGUUUAGCGAAUGUCACAAUCCCUUUAGCCAGUCAUCUGUCUUCACUCCACACUUCAGGGUUCACACUGCCCACAAGUUUUAAAAUAGCAGAGAAUGUGAUAUUUCUUGGCUUAGGAUAAUUACACUGGGGAAGAAUUCUUGUGAGGCAGUUGUUUACCUGGACUGAACUUUGUUAAUCUGAAUGUCCACAGUGGGUGAUUUCCCGUAUGUCCCAGCUACUUGGAAAAUGUUCAGAAACUGCAUGUGCUUUCUAACCUCCCUGGACUACUGGCUAGAUUUCAGUCACUGCCAAUUUCUGUGGCAGAAGUAAUUUCACCUCUGCCACCUGGCCAGUCCCCACAAUGUACAUCAGUCACCACCCCCACAUGGUUAGGGAAGCUGCUUUGUGUUCUCUUCUCUCAUUGCUUAUGGAAGUGAUAGGUAAAUGGAACCCACAGGGAUGCUCAUUUCCUCCUAACUUAGGGCAUGGAUGUGACCCAGUGUUGGCCCAGAGUACUUGAUCUGAGUUCUGUUGGUGUCUUGCAAAUAAAAACUACAUUUCUUAGGAGUAUUGUUGGUGUCACGUGAGGCUUGUCAUAAGUCUUUGCAGUUUUGAAGUCACCAACCUAGGACUUGUGUGCCACCCUUUCUUUGGCUUAUGCAAUAAUAAAGAUCCUUUGGUUUAAUUACUUUUAAAUUUGGCGUUCUUUUACUUGUGGGGUGAUUUCAAAGCAGAAUCAAGGUCUGCCGUCACGAAGGGGUGAACAGAUUUCAUUGGAGCCCAAGCUUUGUGUUUUAAAGAAGUGAGUAUAAUUGCAAAUGAAUGAAUGAAUAAAGCUGUCCAAUUUUCGUCUUGCAUUAUGAGCCAAAGCCUUUGUUGUGGGCUGAGUUGUGUACUCCAAUAUUCCUAUGUUAAAAGUCUUCACCCUCGGCACUUUAAAACAUGACUGUGUUUGGACAUAGCAUUUUGAAAGAGAUACCAGUCAAACCUUGGUUCUCCAAAGUCUUCCCUCUUGAACAAUUUGAUUCUUCACCAAGUUCAUGGGAAAAAAUGUCUCAUUUAUCAAACAAAACUU